CCAAGGCAAAUUAUGGCGAACCGAUCCAGAGAUUACGGGAUAUAACGCCGGCAAAAAACAAUGGAAAACAAACAAUCCAUAGGAGACAUGCAACAAGAGAGCAUCGAUGAACAGCAGGGCCAGUCAACAUCAGCAAUUGAGCAGGGUGGCAGACCAGCAACUAUUGCAGAGGAAUUCUGGCAGAUGCCGAACUUGCAAAAUGAUAGUCGACUCGAAGCAAUUACACAGACAAAUGUGCAGGGAUCAUACACAGGGCUACUGAUAGAGCAGAUUAAAAAUUCACAAGAACAGGACAAGACAAAUGAAGUCCAACAGGGGCAACAAAUGAGUUUUGUGGAAAUGUUGACUCGGUCUUGUGGUUUUGAGGGGAUCAUAACUGAGCACUGCAAUCCUUCUGAAAUCUAUGAAGGGAAUGAUUCAGCCCGUGAAGAAUAUGGGAUUACCAUGUACAGCUUGGCAACUGAAAAUGAUGAUAUUCUGAACAACAGAGCAGAUAAAGAUGUAUCAGAGGGUGGCACAACAAAAAUUAUUGAGCAAAAGCUUUUGCAUGAGGCAGAAUAUGCACAUUCGAGAGACUGGACACCGAGUUUUGGACAUAAACAUACAGAGGUUACCAUGUACAGCUUGGCAAGUGAAAAUGGUGAUAUUCUGAAGAACAUAGCAGAUAAAGAAGCUAUGUCAGAGGAGGGGCCAGUAAAAAAUGUUGAGCAAAGCUUUUUGCAUGAGGCAGAAUAUGCACAUUCAAGAGACUGGACACCGAGUUUUGGACAUAAACAUACACAGGAUGAAACUACAGAUUCAGAGACUGCUACCUACAGCAACAACUGGAGAGAAGACAUAUUCAAUCAAAUGAGAGUGGACAAUGUGGAGAUUGACACAGGAUCUGGUUGCACUGGCAUAAACACUGGGGGAGCUAAAUCAAACACAGAAACAGAAAAUGAUGCGGAUACAACCAGAGGGAGCCAGGAACUUAUAGAGGAAGAAAUUGAAGAUUUCAUUCGAAGUGAGCAAAAGGAAGCAGCUGAAGGGAACAAUGCAGACACUGAGAGCAAAUAUACUCCGCAGAUUGGAAUGGAAUUUAAAGAUAGGAAUGCUGCUCAUCAUUUCUUCAGCUUCUAUGGGUUUAUUGCAGGUUUUGAAGUAGUUACUACCCAUACAGCUAGAACGACACACAAAAAAAGGAAAGGUGAAAUUUUCAAGGUGGAAAUGAAAUGUCAUCGCUAUGGAAAAGAAAGUAAACAAGAAAGGAAAGAAGAAAUUGAACCUGAAAUAAUUGCAGCAGUGGCUCAGAAAGGACCGAAGAGAAAAACAAAUGUCCAGGUCAAAACAAAUUGCCCAGUUGUAAUGGUGGUCAAGGAGAUCAAUGGAAGAACAUGA